CAACGGGACGCCUACACUUUCACCUGAGCCGUCUGGAACAGUGAGUCUACAAAGAUGAUCAAAGCAGCAUUGUCGGUACUCUUGGUCCUGGUGGCCAUGUCCUCCACUUUUGGGAAAAACACCCUCAAAUCUGGCAAGAGGAUACCUCAGACUCUGUCCAGAGGUUGGGGUGAUCAGCUGAUCUGGGCUCAGACUUACGAGGAAGCUCUCUACUGGUCCAGGUCAAGAAACAAGCCUCUGAUGGUCAUCUUUCACCUGGAGGACUGCCCACACAGCCUGGCACUGAAGAAGAUUUUCUCUGAGGACAAUGAGAUCCAGAAGAAGAUUGAUGACGACUUCAUCGUCCUCAAUCUGAUGUAUGAAACCACAGACAAACAUCUCUCUCCUGAUGGACAGUAUGUUCCCAGAAUCCUGUUUGUCGACCCCACAAUGACCGUGAGGGCCGACAUCAAUGGUCGCUACAUGAACCGUCUGUAUGCCUACGAACCAGCUGACGUCAAACUCCUGAAGCUCAACAUGGAUAAAGCUAAGAAGCUCCUGAAGUCUGAGCUGUGAGCAUGAGGACGACCCUGAGAGUUAACUGCUGUCACUACAGUUUACAUGUGGAAAACUAAGCACUGCAAAGUUCCUUCUCUUCGCCUUCACUUGUAAUGUUUGCUCCUUAAAUUCUCUUCCUGAUUCUUGCCUU